UUCCGGAACGCAUCGCCAUGGAAACGACGGCGGUAGAGUGUGAUAUAAUGAGACAAUCGAGGCGAUGCAACGAGAGCCCAAUGAUGAAAUCAGAAAACAAAUGGAUAUUUAACCAAGAACCGGAGGACUUCGGUUAUUGGCUAAGAACCACCACUGUGGUUACAGUCAACUGUAUGUUAGAAGAAGUCGUCCUUUCCCGAAUUGACGAAGGAGACAUGAUAAACACGCCACUAGGAAAAACCAACGUAUCUCAUGGAUCUCUAUCCCAUAACCAUCUAACAUUAUUUUGGAUCGACACCUACGGAAAACCAACUGAUAUCGUAAUCCGACAAUUAGAGAAAGGCGUGGGAUUCUGGUACGAAUCUUCAACGAACGGGACUUGGAUCCUCCAAGACGACUCAAAACAGUUGGACUUUCACGUACGGUUGACGUCACGCUGCCAAACCGUGAAAUGCGACAAAAAAAUAGACAGUUGGACCGUGAUCGGAGACAACCAUUUGUUCAUCAUUAAAUACCCAUUGGGACCGUCCGCAGUUACCGUACCAUCCAUCAUCAAGGAUAUUGUGACAAAAAGAAAUGACCCUUUAGAUAUCAACAUCCGACAAAACGCAAGAAUCCAGUAUUUAGAGGACGCCGCCAUCCGUCACGAAAAUGAACUUAUCCGCGUCAUCCAGAGCAUGCAGUGUGACCAACGACGUGCUAAACACGCACAAGCCGUGUCAACUGCCCAAUACAAUGGAUGGCUGGCAGCCGCACAGCUUGGUCUUCGGCAAUGCAUCAAACUGAUCGCCACCGGAAACAUCGUCUCUGUUACAAACGCUCACGCGCAUUGGAGACGUUGUAGCAGAGAUGAGAUGAGGAGGAUGAAAAAAUAAUGACAAUGAAAGAUGACUGGAGGGAAAGAACACUUUAUUUCUGUGUAGAUGUGGUGGGGGAGACAAUUUUACCGACGUGGUAGAGAGAGAGAGAGACUAGGGGUACCUUUUACUUCGAUACUGGAUUUUACACAACUGAACAAAAAAGGGGGCAAGGGCUUCUUAACGUUAACAUACAUUUAAAAGGCCCUUGCCACCUACAAUCCUGCCCGUGAGGGCAGCACCGUAGGUGACAGCGGGCCCACCUGUCCACAGGU